AUGUCGGAUAGCCCGGAAGUUGUCAUGAUGUCGGAUACAGGAAAGUGGUGGUUUCUGAAGGAAAGUAAAAAGGAUGCGCUGCUCCAUAACGGAGCUGAUCUAGGAACCAUCCAGAAUAUCGGCGUACCUAGUUGUGUCGGCUAUCUGAAGAUCAGCUGUUCAGUGAAGUCGCCGAAAGACAGGGACACGAGAAGACAAGAACACCGAAACAGCACCUCGAAAUACUUCCUGGCUCAGCGGAGAUGUGCGACGACCUAUACGACGCUUAAAAAUAGAGACGGGGCAGAGACAGGCAUCUGUAAAGAGCUUGACCGUCUGUUGGAAGAGGAGCUCGAAAGUGUCAAGAAUGGCGAGACCGCACUCCAUUGGGCCAGCAGGAACGGGAACACUGAGAUGGUGAAGUUGCUGGUUCAACUCGGCACUGAUGUGGAGGCGAAGGACAAGGAUGGCGAGACCGCACUCCAUGUGGCCAGCAUGAAAAGGAACACUGAGAUGGUGAAGCUGCUGGUUCAACUCGGCGCUAAUGUGGAGGCGAAAAACAUGGAUGGCAGGACCGCACUCCAUGUGGCCAGCGGGAACGGGAACACUGAGAUGGUGAAGCUGCUGAUUCAACUUGGCGCUAAUGUGGAGGCGAAAGACAAGGAUGGGAUAAAACCACUGGACCACAUACGUGACCAAGACCACAGACGUUUCCUGAAGAAUCUGGCCACAGAGGUUCCAUACCACAAACUAAUGAAACAGUCCGGUGGGGUGAAAGUCGACAGGUUUAAAAUGUGUAUCUGUGGACCACAAGAAGCUGGCAAGUCUACACUGAAGGAAAGCCUGCAAACCGGACCUUUCACCGCCUUCUUCCGGGACCGAAUGACACCAGACCACCAGCCACACGAGCCCACCCCUGGUGUGAAUGUGGGAACAACCAACAUUCCCAGUGUGGGGGAGGUCAGUGUGUGGGACUUCGCUGGACAGUCGGAGUACGCGGUAACACACAGCAUGUUCAUGGGUGCAGAGAACACAAUCUUCGUCGUAAUGUACAGCAUCAUGGAUGAUAUCCGUACACAAGAGAAAAAGGUCCACUGGUGGCUGUGUUUCAUCAAGUCCUGCAACACAAAGAGUAAACCAAACGUCAUCCUCGUGGCCAGUCAUGCUGACCAGACUGCCACAGGACACCAAAAGGCAUCUUCCCUCCUUGAGAUGAUGACAACAGAGUUUAAGGAUCAUCUGGAAAUUUCAGACGAAGUUGUCCUGCUUGACUGCAGAAAGACUCGUAAAACUGACAUGCGGUGUCUUAAAGACCUUUUGACGAGACUGAAGACCAAGCUUCUAACACAUCAGCGAGCCAUACCCAAACUGUGUGCUGAAAUUAUCAAGUGUCUACCCAAAUGGACCAAGGAGAAGUGCAACCCAAAGUGUCCCGUUUUGAGAUGGACAGAGUACAAGGAGGACGUGAUGGAGAUGAUGGGGAUCGACAGCUUGGCUGAAGAAGAUUUUCUCAAGGAGUCUUCGAAGUAUCUGAAUCACCUUGGGGAGAUCUUGUUUGUCUCCUCAACUGUUGAGCCCAUUGUUGUCCUGGAACCCAACUGGCUCUGCACGGAUGUCUUCGGCAAAGUGAUGGCACCAGAAAACUUCCCCAUCCAUCUGAGAAGACCUGAGGGCAUUGGUAUCGUCACAAAAGAAGACAUCCAAAAAGUGUUCAAAUAUGUCGCCGAUGUCGAUCUCCUGAUCACCCUGCUGCAAGAGUUCCAGCUCUGCCACACCUUUGAUGGACAGGAGUUCAUCAUCCCCGGGCUGCUGACACAGACCAUGCCUCCAGAGAAGUGGCAGCCAACCGCAGACCCCGCCAAGACCGUGUACUUCGGCAAGCAAGUCCAGUGUGCCGACACCACCGACAUGUUCUCCUCCGGGUUCUUUCCCCGUGUGCAGACCCACCUGAUGAGGCAGCUGAAGAAUCGCCCGCUGCUGUGGAGGGACGGAGACAAGUGUUUCGACUGUAACGUGGAAAGUCUCAUCAAGCUCUCCCCAGACGGCCGUGCGGUCAACAUCUGUGUGCGGAGCGAGCAGGCCGACAAGCAUAGGUGCCGAAAGAUGCUAGAGCUGAUAGAGAACAUCCUGAUCAACGAGCUCGACGAUUGCAGCCCAGGCACUAAGACAGAGGAGAGGGUGCUCAGCGCUCGUGCACUGAGGGAACACAGAGAAGACGUCUACUCCUACAGCAUGGAUCAGAUCGACAAGGCCAAAGCAGAGGACGGCAUCGUCCAUCACGACAUCCUUGACUUCUCAGAAGACGUCGAUGACCUCCUGUAUGGUGGAAGAGACGACGAUGAAGAGGAGCAAGGAGCUGUUGGGAACAGGGUCCAGCAAAAGAUCGUGGGCGGGUAUGGCAACACUAUCAUCAACCCAUGUGAUGGCGCGGUCUUCCAUGUGUAUCACGGUGCCGUUGGUGGUGUUGGACAACUGCAGCUACUGUGUCUGAGACUAGCUCAGAUAGGCUGGCCCUAG